CACCCCCAGUGCCUCCGUGCUGCUCCUCGCUGCGUCUCCCCAGGGGACCGAUCUCUCGGGGACGGCUGAUCUGGCCUGUCUGGUCCAUGGUGUCUCCAACCCAGUGCACGUUGCCUGGACUAUUUCUGAGGCUUCUCAGGAACAGCAGCUGACCCGGUCAGUGAAGGGAAAGGACGGAGCCUUAAUGUUCAUUAAUCACAUCAGCAUCCCCGUGGCCACCUGGGCCAGUGCCGCGGCUGUCACCUGUGAGGUCCGGUUCAACUCCUCCGGCAGCAGUGUUCAGAGAAGCGCCUGGUUCAGGAAGCGCUCUCGCAGGGAGUGCAGGCAGGAGGCCAUGCGCUACAUGGUGGUGGGUCUCCUGGUGCUGCUGAUGGUAUCUCUGACCUCCCUCUGGAUGUGUGGCUGCUCCAGUCCAGGGUCGGGGAGUUUGUGCCCAGCCACAGCGUGAUCCCAGCACUGCUGGGGGACCCGGAUGCAGCCCCUGUGGACGGGAAACAGGGAAAGUCUUGAGCAGAAAGGAAUCGGGCCUGGAAACCCCCAGCUGGUCCCUGCCGAGCUGCUGCCUCUUGUUCCCUUCACCACUGCUCCGUGGCGUUCGCUGCUUCUUGCUGCCCGGGGAUGAUCUGCACCAGACCAGCUCCACAGUGCGACUGCAAGGGUGAACUCUGCCCCCGCUCUAGAGAUCAAGAGCAGGAGAUCCCAACCUCGGGCACCAGGAGGUGGGAGCUUUUCUGCCGUGAGACACAGGCAAUGUAGCCGGGGUGACUGCAGUCUGCGGGGAGACGUUGCAGCCCCUGGUGUGUGCAGGGCCCAGACCUGGGGGGACCUAAGGUGGUGGGGCAGGAUGGUGGGAGCCUGCAUGGGACAUGCACACUCCCUGCUCUGCGUCACCAGUGGCCAGUGUGGGGCUGACUUCCUGGCCCAAAGCUGCGUGUC